AUGGGAGGGUGGAAAUAUGACAUGAUGAGGGCGAGAAAUACAAAAAGCAACAGGCCGCAUUUGUUCGCUCUGUUUUUAUGUGUAUCUGUCAGUAACAAAUCAUUAAGGAACACAAGCAAUAGGUAUUUCAAAUUCUAA